ACUUCUGUGCGCGCACACACACACACACACACACUCACAAGUCAUAACUGAAUGACGGCAGGUCGCUAUGGAAACUGCGUUACGCUCCGGGCGGCCGGAGGAGAAAACAAGAGCGCGAGGAGUCAUUUCAGUCUUCAUUUCAGCACCACGCGAGCUCCUGGACAGCGCCCGAAUGAACUCGCGCACAGCUUCUAGCCUCUUUUGCCUUAUCAGAGACAGAGCCGCAUCAGCACCAAGACUAACCCGAGUGGGUGGUAGGAACUCCAACAGCAAGACCAGCCCCCGUACAAGAGACACAGACUCUCCGGACCUGAAGCUCGGUGGACUCCCCAGGUCGAGCCAGAAGCCAGGAGCCGGUCGCUCCCUCAAAUGCUGCAGCAACAGGUCAGCAGCAUGUCUGAAACUAAAUCCAAUCAGCGGUUCCACAGCCUGAACACUGAGCAGGUGGAAGUUCUCCAUCAGGUUUUGUCAGAGGUGGUUCCAAUCCACGGCCGCGGGAACUUCCCCACGUUGGAGUUGCGUCCCCGAGACAUCAUCAUAGCUGUGCGGGCUCGGCUGCAGAAGCUGGGAAUCACAGUGAGGGAUGUUCGCCUGAACGGCUCCACGGCCAGCCACGUCCUCGUCCGAGACAACGGAACGAGCUACAAGGACCUGGACAUCAUCUUUGGAGUGGAGUUGCCCAGUCAGGAGGAGUUCCAGGUGAUCAAGGAGUCAGUGCUGGGCUGCUUGCUGGACUGCCUACCUGCAGGGGUCAACAGGGAGCGGAUCAGCAGCGCCACAAUGAAGGAGGCCUAUGUCCAGAAAAUGGUAAAGGUCUUUACUGAGCAUGACCGCUGGAGCCUCAUCUCGCUCUCAAACAACAGUGGCAAAAACCUGGAGCUCAAAUUUGUGAGCACGCUGAGGCGGCAGUUUGAGUUCAGCGUCGACUCCUUCCAGAUCAUCCUGGAUCGUCUCCUGGAGUCCUACAUGCAGCAGGAAGCCCCCCAUAAGAACAACACCGUUGAAGUAAUGGACCAGCCUGCAGCCCAUCACAAUAAAGACUGUCCCUCUUUGCUGCAACAGGCCACUGCUUCGGAAACAGAGAAGACCUCUGGUAGAGACUCGUCCAGCAAAGAGGGGUCACAUAUCAGCCAGACACAACAGAGAGAUGAGGUGCAUGAAAAGGAGUCCCAGACAGAACACACUGAACAUUCAGACCAGACAAAAGACUCCACAGUGGAAAAACACAACAAAGAGAAAACCCCCGUGGAGCUGAAAGAAGUGUCAGGACACAGUGAAACCGCCAAUGAGAUGGACUCCUCAGACCAGAGCUCUCCAAACCUUUUGUCAGAAAAGGAAGAAAGUUCUGAGAAAGCUGAACCAGCAGCUCAGACUGAACUCCGACACGAGCCAGAGCUCUAUGACGGGUCCAGAUGUUUGACAGAGGUUGAACAGUCAGAGCAAACCAAGACAUGUGAUGGCCAACAACCAGCACAUUCAAAUGACAAGGAACUCUCUGCCAACAAUGAACAGUCCAACCACCCAAAACCCCCCGAUGACCAGAACGAACUUCCAGAGCAAACGGGACAGUCCGAGCCGCCAACAAGCGCCAACAAAACCCAGACAGAGUCUCCAAACCUGGCAGAUGAAUGUCAAAGCAAAGAGUGUUUCAGUGAAGAUCAGAGACGUGAGGAGAAAGACAAAAAACCACUUGCAACGGACUCCAGCAUAUCUUUACAUGCAAAGACAGAGACACAGUUAGCAGAUGUGACAGGAGAGCCAGGACAGAGAAAAAAGGAGACAGAAAGAAGUGAAAUGACAGAAGAGAUAUUAGCAUCAGAAGCUAAAAACGCAGAAGACACACAGAGUAGCGAUUGUUCCUGCUCCACUUCUUGCAUCUCCCAUACACCUUACAACACAGAGCCUGCUGGCACACAUGAUGCACCAGAGAUCCACAGCACAACACACACGGAUAGACCAGAUAAAACACCUAACACACGUGAUGGCGUCAGCCCUCCACACACUCAGGAGAAUUUACCUGCACCAGCCAGCCUUGUUCCUGACAAAAAGACCUCCUCCUCUCCCUCUUGUAAGGCUUCAGAGAGACUUUCUCACAUGGUGGUGCUUAAACACUCAUCUCCCAAACCCCCUCGCAAGAUGUGUAGGAAGGUAACCCCCAAUCCUGACCCCAGUCCAGUCUCUGAAACCGAACUUGUCAUAGAGCCCGGUCUGGUUCCAAACCUUUGCCCUAGCCCUGAACCUGAGAUAGCCUUUGAGCCAACAGUUCCCAGUCCAGAUCCUACAACUACCCAACCAACCAGUUUUUCUACUGAAACAAACCCUGGGCCUGAACCGACCCCUUCCUGUAACAUAGCUUCCAACCUAGACCUUACCUCAGCUCCUGAUCCAGCCCCUGACAUAAUCUUCACCUCUGCUGUGGAUCCCACACCUGCUUUACCUCAAGAGCCCCCACCGCCUCAGCUAAUCCCAGAAAGAUCAUGUGAGACAGGUAUUCAGAGCGUGGAAGAGACCCCAUCUACACCUGUAGCUUGUGAUGAACAGAGCCAGCACUCCCCUAGUGAAACCACAUGUGCACCCAAGCAAUCAGAGCCUCUUGACUCAGUGACCACGUUAGUUUCACACACUGACACGUCCCGCUCCAACACCCCAGAUCCUUCACAUAACUCAGAAGUUGAGCUCAGUGAUGAAGAUGAAAUCAGAGAACCACAAACCAAAAAGAUGGACUUGAAUCAGCCAAAGGGCUGCCAACAAGAUACCACACUUAGUUCUCCCUCCUCCUCCCACUGUCUCACCCCUCCUGUACUCAGUCUUUCCCCUCCCUGCUUUACUCCCUCGCCCCCCAGUCUCAGCCCUCCCCCAUGUCUGACCCCUCCCUCUCACUGCCUCGCACCUCUGCCACUAAACACCGUCAGCCCCGCCACAAACUUCAGUUCUCCACCCCUGAGUAUAAGCCCUACCUCAUCCUGCCUCAGCUCACCUCCUUACCUCACCCCUCUAAUGCUUAGCCCCAGCCCUCCUCCACUGUGUCUUAGUCCCCCUUCCCCCUGCCUAAGCCCUCCCCUCCUCUGCCUCACUCCGCCGGUGGAGUCAGAGGACCUUGUACCUCAGGAAUCUUCAGACAUGGAGCCUUCGAUAGUGAACAAAGACAGCCAAGAACAGAUUAAAGAGUCCUCUCCCCAGCCAGGAACUCCUCUCCUACAGUUGGAGGAUAUAAGGGAAAAAGAUUAUAUCUCAUCGUUGCCUCAGGUUGCAGAGCCUGUCUCUUUUCCAAUCACUAUCCCGAGCUCCAGCUCGCAUGUGCCGCCUCUCUCUCAGUCUGAAGACCCGGGGGAACCUGGCCCUCCAAAAGCCGAUGAGGCACCGAGCCCUGUGCCCGAGAGCAAAGAGGCCCCUAAGGUACCCGCAGUGAUGCCUGAACAGAGCACAGCUCCUCAGACAUCUUGCUCGGUCCCUGCUGUCGAGGUCCUGGCAGAGAGCAUGUAUGGUGACUUUGAGGCGGCUAUGGACCACCUGCGCUACCGCCUAAUCGCUACCAGGAACCCCGAGGAGAUCCGAGGUGGCGGCUUGCUAAAAUACAGCAACUUGUUGGUCAGAGACUACCGACCGGCCAGCGAGACUCAGAUAAAGACACUGGAGCGCUACAUGUGCUCGCGCUUUUUUAUCGACUUCCCUGACGUGCAGGAGCAACAGAGGAAGAUCCUGUCCUACUUGAAGAACCACUUUAUCGGCGAGGAGAGAAGCAAGUACCAGUACCUGAUGACGCUGCGUCGCGUGGUCGACGACAGCACCGUGUGUCUGAUGGGCCACGAGAGGCGUCAGACGCUGAACAUGAUCACAGUGCUGGCCCUGAAGGUUCUCGGAGAGCAGAACAUCAUCCCCAACACGGACCAUGUAACGUGCUUCUACCAGCCCGCUCCAUACAUGGCUGAUCACAGUGCCCCCUACUUAGCAGAACCGAGCUACUGCAGCUACUACAUACCCCAAGGAGGAUCAACUCUGCUUUACCAACCGUACCCCUUGCACCUGCACACACAGACUGGACUAGUCUAAAACCCACACACCAAAACACAUAAUUACAGAAAACACACAAUCGAGCAGGGGGAAGGAGCUUUCCACAAGGAAAAAGCUGGAGAAUGGAAAUAUAAUCCAGGGAUAAACUGUUUGGUCUAUAAUAGAUCUAAGGAGGGUGGGAUUGAGUGGGUUUUUACAGUAAACUCCCUGAGUACUCUGUAAGGUUCUGAUAUGAUUAUAUGUAAUUAUCUGGGCUUUGUGGGAAAAUAAUAAUUCUUCCGAUAUUGUUAAAAUUCCAGAAAAUGCUUUAUGCACUGAAUGAGUCAUAGCCCUUAGGUCUCCCUGGGAAACCAACUGUGCUGUUGACAUUCACACACAUGCACUGACACACACACAUGCACGGACACACUCCCACAAACACACACGUACGGACACACUCCCACACACACACACACACACAACAUUCACACUUCCAGGGUUUUCUUGUAAUCUUUUCAUGUUCUUACUGUGUCGUUCUUAAUGGGUUUGUUCAGAAUGUGGACCUUGCCUGUGGUUGAUAUUGAUAUUGUGCAUGGAUAAAUUAGGACUGUUCUCUCACUGCCAAAUACUGUGUGACUCCUAUGCUUCUUAAACAGUUUAAUGUAACUUUGUUGAUCCUUUACUGAAGGGGUGUAUUCUGAAAAAAAGAAAUACUGAGGGACAGGUCUACCAGUGUGUACAGUACCUAUGUCAGAACAUACACAUGCAUGCACAACACUUACACACAAAAACACACCCUAACACACUUACACGCAAACAAACCUGCUGUAUGCACACAGAGUUGGACAAUGCACGAGGAACUAAUAUAUAGAUCACAUCUUGAAGUCAAAGCAAAGGCUUUUAAUUUAAUAAAAAUGGAUCUAUUUUUGCAGAAGAUAAUACUCAGUGCUAAACAGACUGGUUAAAUCCUACAGAAAAAUGCCAAUAACAAUGCCUUUGCAGUAGACUGUACAGCGUAUUGAUCACAGUAUAUUGUGUGCAGGUACAGAUAAAUUGUGUUAAGAUGUAGUGCUUGAUUCCUUUCCCUCGUAUAGAGUCCUUUCUGUAAUCACGUGAAGUACUGUAGUGUUGAUUUGUUUAAUGCUAAGGUAACUCUGUGGAGGUGGUCAGGUUAUAACCAUCUUUGGGUCACCUCUGAACAUGGCAGAUGCGGAUCUGUCUAAACCGAGCAAAUUACAUCUUAAACUUGUGUGACUCCUCUCAGCGGGAAUCAGCCUCCUCUAAUUCAAGUCUGAUUCAACAGGAAACCAGUUCCAAAUCCACUUCAAACCUGUUUGAAUCGAAGUUCAAAGCUGUGCUACAGCAACUAUGACCAAAGAUGGUUCUGUAGGGAAAUCAAGUGCCUAAAUGUGAGACAUCAUUGGCAUGUCUUUAUCUCACUGCACUGGGGGGGGUGUAAUGGGGUGGGCCUUGGGCUGGGUUGGGUCUGUGUCUUCAAUUGUUGACCCCUGUUUCUGCUGCCCGUUUUGAUGUCUUCUUUAAUGUAGUCUUUUGUUGUACUUCAUUCAUGUACAUUUUGAUAAAAAUAAAGGAGAAACUCAACAAACCUUCAGA